ACAGCUCUCGUGUGGUGCGCACCGGUUCUGUAUCGCACUGACGCGCAUCACCGUGACCGUUCCGCGUUCCGCCAGCGUGGGUUGUGGAAGGAAGGGAACUGGGAACGGCGGACGGGUUUAAAGGACGGGACGGAGGACAGGGCGGACCGGAUCGCAUGCUGGAGUCGGGGUUUACUGGGAGCUGACUGACCGACUGGUGCGCACCGAGGGUGGACGGCGGCUCGGACGCGGUGAUGGCGGAGUGCGGCCGCAGGGCGCUGUCGCUGCUGGAGGCGGCCCGCUCCCGCUACGAGAGCCUGCAGAUUUCGGACGAUGUGUUCGGCGAGUCGGGGGACGACAGCAGUGAGAACCCGUUCUAUAGCACCACCGGAGACUCCAAUUCGGACAGCUGUACCGAGACAGGCGGGGGGCAGAGCGGGGCAGGAGCCGGGAGCAAGCGCGCUGUUACCGGCUCGGCCUCCAGCGGACCGGCGGGCGAGGAGAAGCCGGAGCAGGAGCAGGAGCAGGAGGAGGAGGAUGGAUGGAGCGAUGCCUUACGGGACAUCGACACUCCCCACUACAAUGAUGUUCACGGUCCCACACAGAAGAUGCCGGCCACUGCCACAGCCAUGGACUUCUUUCAGCUCUUCGUCCCCGACAACGUCAUUCAGAACAUGGUCACCCAGACCAACAUGUACGCCAAGAAGUUCCAGGAACGCUUCGGGAGCGACGAGGGCUGGACGAACGUGACGGCGGCGGAGAUAAAGGCCUUCCUGGGUUUCGUCAUCUCCACCAGCGUGCACCGCUGCGAGUCCGUCCUGAGCAUCUGGAGCGGCGGCUUCUUCAGCAACCGCAGCAUCGCGCUCAAGAUGAGCCAGGUGCGCUUCGAGAAGAUCCUCAAGUACUUCCAUAUCGUGGCCUUCAGGUCCAGCCAGGGGGGCAACCAGGGGCUGUACAAGAUUCAGCCCUUCCUGGACUCUCUGCAGCAGAGCUUCAGCUGCACCUUCCGGCCAUCGCAAACACAGGUCCUGCACGAGCCGCUGAUCGACGAGGACCCGGUGUUCAUCAGUACCUGCACCGAGAGGGAGCUGCGCAAGAGGAAGAAGAGGAAGUUCGGCCUGUGGGUGAGACAGUGCAGCACCACCGGCUUCAUCUGUCAGAUCUACGUCCAUCUGAAGGAGGGACCCGGUCCUGAUGGACUCGACACCCUGAAGAAACCGCAGCUGCACAGCAUGGUGGCCCGGCAGCUCUGUCAGAACCUGGCGGGACGUAACACCGUCGUCUUCACCGGGCCCAGCAUCACCAGCCUCAGUCUGUUCCAGGAGUUUGAGAAUCAGAAUAUUUACUGCUGUGGGCUUCUCAGCCUGAGGAAAAGCGACUGCACCGGUCUGCCAGCGUCCAUGCUGCGUAACUCCGAGGGACCUCAGCAGCGCGGUCAGUCCCACACCAAGAUGAAGGGCAACAUGUCGCUCAUCAGCUGGUACAACAAGGGCAACUUCCGCUUCCUCACCAACGCCUACUCGCCUCUCAAACAAGGUGUGAUCAUUAAGAGGAAGAGCGGUGAGAUCCAGUGUCCUCUGGCCGUGGAAGCUUUCGCCGCGCAUCUCAGCUACAUCUGCAAAUACGACGACAAGUACAGCAAGUACUUCAUUUUCCACAAACCCAAUAAGACGUGGCAGCAGAUAUUCUGGCUCACCAUCAGCGUCGCCAUUAACAACGCCUACAUCCUGUACAAGAUGUCCGACGCCUACCACGUCAAGCGCUACAGCCGGGCCCAGUUCGGAGAGAGACUGGUCAAGGAGCUGCUGGACCUGGACACCUGCUCACCCACCCAGUGAAGUGACCAUAUGCUGUCGACUCUUAACACCCCCCCCCCCCACACACACACACACACAAACACACACACACACACACAAUAACCACAUCUCACCACCUUCAACCUGUGACGAAUCAAACCCGUGCCAAGUCUGGACGUAACGUCAAUCACACAACGUCCUUAACCGCAGGACCCUGUAAAUAACCGUCCGACUGUCCGCGCGUCCGUCUGCUGCAUGAUGAGUGUGCUCGCGUGAAAUGAUUAGAUUUUUAUUUCUGAACGGUGUGUGUAGUGUUUGUGCAGAUCUGUGCUUCAGUGUUUGAUGAAUUAGCUUCGUACGUCCGCGGCGCAUCAGGAAUAUCGUACCGUAAACAAGAUCAGAAAAAAAUGGACGUCUGUAUCUUUUGGCCAAAACUCUGGCAAAUGUUGAUCAACUUUCAUGAUUCUUUCACUGUUGGACACAAUAACGAGGUUUGUUUGUUUGUUUAUUAGGAUUUUAACGUCAUGUUUUACACUUUUGGUUACAUUCAUGACAGGAACGGUAGUUACUCAUUACACAAGAUUCAUCAGUUCACAAGUUUUAUAUCAAACACAGUCAUGGACAAUUUAGUGUCUCCAAUUAACCUGACUGCAUGUCUUUGGACUGUGGGAGGAAACCGGAGCACCCGGAGUAAACCCACGCAGGCACAGGGAGAACAUGCAAACUCCACACAGAAAGGACCCAGACCGCCCCACCUGGGGAUCGAACCCAGGACCUUUUUGCUGUGAGGCGACAGUGCUACCCACUUAGCCACCAUGCCGCCCCAAUAACGAGGUCUUUUUUAGUUAUUUAAUACACUUGUGUUUGCGAUUAGAGGCGUAUUCACAUGAGAGCGGUGCGGUAAAACGUCAUCAAAGUGCGAAUCUGAGCUGAAUCUGCAUUAGUGUGGAAUAAGUGUCAGAUCCAGGGUUACAGCUCCACAUGUAUCUGUGUUUAUCUGGAUUCUCCUCCCUGUUUCACUUUUAAACUUUUGUUACAGCUUGAGCUUCUGAGAAAUGGUGAGAAUCAAAAUCAGCUUCUCCCAGAGUCUAAAACACUUCUGGUUCAGAAUAAAGCUUAACGUGGUUUAAUGUAGUAAAAGAAGGAGACAGGAGCACUAAACUUCUCUUCAUUAUUACUGCUCAUAAGUUCCUCCACUAAUCACAUUCCUCACUCGCUGUUUUACUACAAUAAGUCACGUUAAGUUUUGCUUGUAUGGCCCGUGUCGCUUUUACAGUGUCAUAUCAAACAGUUCGUCUCAUUGGAGGAGCUUUGAAAAGGUCAGCAAACCACAAACUGGGUCAAAGUUCAAUCAGGUGAACCCAAUCGGGCAAAAGUGUGCGGUGCUUGACGCUCAGAGAAGGCCAGCGGUGAGCUAAACGGCACCACCUCACUUCAUAGGAAGAUUUCUCAUGAUUCUCUGUGUGUGAUACGGAUCUCCAUAUGAACCCGUAUCGUUUUGGGGAAAUAAAGCGGCCACCUGCCGCACACGUGUUAGAGGGGGCGUGUGUUAGUCACGAAAUGUGAUCGGGUGAUUGGAUAUGACUAAAUUGGGAGGAGAAAUGGGAAAAAUAAAAUAAUAUAUAAAUAAGAGGUUAUAAACUGUAUGUGAAAAAUUGCUGAACUUCUAGAGAUAAACUGUAAAAUAGGAGGAAAUGAUCUGGAAUUUAAAAAAUGAAUCAGCGUUUGCCAAAGUUAUGGACAAAGGUACAGACGUCCCUUUUUGAUUCACAGUGUAGAGUGAUUUUUUUAUUUUUAAGAGAGAAAACUCGGUUUUCCCAGCUGUCAUUUCCUGUCUCAUGUUCAUUCCCGAUCAGCCAUAACAUUAAAACCACCUCCUUGUUUCUACACUCACUGUCCAUU